UUCUGCCACGCGCCCAUUUCAAAGACAGAUUCUGCUUCUUCCCUUGUCUUUUGGAGCUUUCUUUCGCAAAGCGAUAAGCAAAACUAGGUUCACGCUCCGCCGAAGAAAGACUCCGGUUCGUCAAUGGACGAACCCAUAACCAUCUCAAGCUCGUAGCUUUCUUCGACCGUAUUCUCUCACAAGAAAGCUUCGUAUUUUCAACAAUGGCGUUAGUUCUCUACAAUCCACAACCUCGUUUUCUCUCCUCUCUACAUUGCAGAAGACCUUUUGCUCGAAAUAAUCAUAAGAAAGAUCUCCAUUUCACCUCAGCUGCCAGCAAGCUUCGAGUGAUUCUCUCUCUUCAUUCAUCUCAUCGAAGACGCGUUCCCUUGUUGGUUACUAAGUCGGCGUCGAUCAACGGUUACUCAGUCGAAAGCUCCGACGAGUAUGUGCAGGGAAGCGCAGGAGAAACAGCGGUGGUUGACCGGCUUGAGUGGCUUCGGAGGUGGGCGGCGUCUGUGAGGUCAAUCUUGCCCGGUGGAAGCUGGUGGAGGUUGGACGAUGAAGAUGUCGAAAUUAGGAUUUUGGCUGAACCGGUGACUGUGACACGGGCACUUGUUCGGAUGUGGGAGCUGGUCUCGAAAGACCGGUGGAUUAUAUUCGCGGCUUUUUCUACCCUAAUUGUGGCAGCGCUUUCGGAGAUUUCAAUACCGCAUUACUUGACGGCAUCAAUAUUCACCGCACAGAGCGGCCAAAUACCGGUGUUCCAACGGAAUGUGAAGCUCUUGGUUGCGUUAUGUGUCACUGCCGGAAUUUGCAGCGGUCUACGAGGUUGCUUUUUUGGCAUAGCAAAUAUGAUCCUUGUUAAGAGAAUGAGGGAAACAUUAUAUUCAGCUCUUCUCCGUCAGGAUAUAUCCUUUUUUGACUCUGAAACAGUCGGUGAUUUGACAAGUAGGCUUGGAGCAGAUUGUCAGCAAGUAUCACGGGUCAUUGGAUAUGAUCUCAAUUUGAUCUUUCGCAAUGCUCUUCAGGGGACAGGUGCGAUGAUCUACCUACUAAUCUUGUCAUGGCCUCUGGGUUUAUGUACAUUGCUGAUAUGUUGUACUUUGGGAGCUGUUAUGUUACUUUAUGGCCGAUACCAGAAGAAGUCAGCAAAACUGACUCAGGAAUAUACUGCUUUUGCUAAUGAGGUUGCUCAAGAAACAAUUUCUUUGAUGAGAACUGUUCGUGUUUAUGGGACAGAGAAAGAAGAACUUGGAAGAUAUGAGAAAUGGCUUGGGAGGUUGGCUGAUAUAAGCUUUCGGCAAAGUGCUGCGUAUGGCGUUUGGAACUUGAGCUUCAACACUCUUUAUCAUUCAACUCAGGUUAUUGCUGUGCUGGUAGGAGGCAUGUCUAUUCUAGCUGGUCAUAUUACGGCAGAGCAACUUACAAAGUUUAUAUUAUACAGCGAAUGGCUUAUUUAUUCAACAUGGUGGGUGGGUGAUAAUCUAUCUUCUUUGAUGCAAUCUGUUGGUGCAAGUGAAAAAGUCUUCCAGUUGAUGGAUCUGUCACCAAGUGACCAAUUUAUAUCUGAAGGUGUAAGGUUGGAAAAGCUGAUCGGGCGUAUUGAUUUUGCAAACGUAUCUUUUCAAUAUGCUUCAAGGCCAACGGUUCCUGUACUGCAACAUGUAAACAUAUCAGUGAAACCUAAUGAAGUGAUUGCAUUGGUUGGUCUUAGUGGAAGUGGGAAAAGCACACUGGUGAAUCUCUUGCUCCGUCUUUAUGAGCCAACUAGUGGGGAGAUUUUAAUUGAUGGGUUUUCCCUGAGAGAGUUGGAUGUCAAGUGGUGGAGGGAAAGAAUUGGAUAUGUGGGACAGGAACCCAAACUUUUCCGGAUGGAUAUCAGCUCAAACAUCAGAUAUGGAUGUACAAGAAAUGUAAGGCAGGAGGACAUUGAAUGGGCUGCAAAGCAGGCGUAUGCACAUGAUUUUAUUUCAGAACUACCAAAUGGUUACAAAACACUAGUUGAUGAUGAUUUACUAAGUGGGGGGCAAAAGCAACGAAUUGCCAUAGCGCGAGCUGUUCUCAGGGACCCAUCCAUUUUGAUCCUUGAUGAAGCUACCAGUGCACUGGAUGCAGAGAGCGAGCACAAUGUCAAGGGUGUUCUUCGCUCCAUGAGAAGUGACAUGACAUCAAAGAGAACUGUCAUAAUUAUAGCCCACAGGCUUUCAACCAUACAAGCUGCUGAUAGGAUAAUAGUAAUGGACGGUGGUAAAGUCGUAGAGAUGGGCAGUCACAAGGAGCUUCUUCACAAGGAUGGCCUGUAUGCACGAUUGACAAGAAGACAGGUCGAUGUUGUGGCAUGAGUUUUUAUCAUGUCUAUCAACAAAUAACACAUUACAUCUUAUUUAGCCCCACAAAAAAUUAAGUUCAAUUAUUAAAACAAAACACAGCACUUUUUUUUAUAUAAUUAUUUUUUCUGAUCUAUUCCAAUCAUAUAUAGAAAUUCAUGCAUAUUUUUUCCCCCUUCUGCUGAUCCAUGUAAGAAAAACUUUCAAGGGUAUAUAGAAUCCACUGUUGCAGUUCAUGUUUUA